AUGACCAGGGGUGCUCGGAUGCAGCAUGACGGAGGCUUGAAACCCCGGUUCGCACCCCGAGAGGACGAGAAGCCAUUCACGGAGCCGGAGCGGGCCCAGAGAUGGCGCCUGUCGCUGGCCUCCCUGCUCUUCAUCACCGUCCUCCUCUCCGGUCACCUGUGGUUCUGCGCCGAGGCCAAACUGACGCGAACCCGAGACAAGCGGUCCGAUGAGGGGCUCUCCGUCACGGACAUGAGGGUGGUGGGCGAGGAGCCCCCACACCGACAGCGAACCUCCACAUCAGCUGACCCCCACCGCCUCGCCAGAGAGCAAGAUGUUAUUUUUAUAGGGAAUUCUACCAAACCUCUGUGGCGGAUGGACACCUGUCACCCGGACAGCCUGUUCAGGGACUGCUUCACGUUCACGGACGCGCUGACCGUGUGCCUGGGCCUCUCUGACGGAGGGGACGAGGGGACACCGUCGGCGUACGUGAAUUUAAGCGAUUUGUACCUUUCCUUUUGUAAUUCCUACUCACUUUUGGAUUUGUUUUACGGGUUUACGAGUCCGGACGUGGCGAACUGCACCUUGGAUACGGCCACGGGGGUGGACGUGCUGGGGUGCAGGGAGUGCGUGCAGGCUUAUCAGCGUCUGGAUCAGCAGGCGGAGGACAACUACCGGGAGUUUGAGCUGCUCGUGCAGAAAUACGAGACGGACGCCUACUCUGUCAGGACGUGCAUGGAGGAGUGCAAGAUGGUGUAUAAGCCCUGGCUGUGUUCUCAGUACUUCCAGACCACCCAGAUGCACUGCAGCAAACGAAUCCCCUGUGGCCAGUACUGCCUAGAGGUGCAGCAGAGGUGCCCCUUCGUCCUGCCUGACAAUGAUGAUCUCAUUCACGGAGGCAGCCCCAGUUUUAUAUGCACAGGGUUGCUGGAGGACACUCCGUCAGGUGUGGACCCAAAUGCAGAGUGCUGCGAUGUGCGGUGGGACUCAAAAGUGGACAACCAAUCCAGGGGAACCCUAAAAAGGACUCACCCACCAUGCCAGCAUCGAACCUCGCUGAGCUCCUCGGCAGCCUGCAGACUGUGUAACAGCCGGCUCAAACUUUGCCUGCUGGUCCUUGUACUUUUGCACACUGUUGCCAGCCUCACUGCAUCCCACAAUGCAACGGGACUGGGCCUCCCCACCAUCGCGCCACUGGAGGAUAGCCCUGCCAAUGAGGAGUGA